AUUCAAGAUAUGUAUACAAGAUUGAAUGAUAUAGUCACCAAUCUCAAGGCUCUUGGUAAAGUCUAUCCUUCUCAAGAAGUAGUGAGGAAGGUUCUUAGAAGCUUGCCCAAGAAUUGGGAAGCCAAGAAGACCGCAAUUGAAGAGUUUAAGGAUCUCAAAACCCUCAAGCUUGAAGAUCUCAUUGGAAAAUUGAUGACAAAUGAGAUAGAAGUUCAAGUUGAUGGUGGAGUUGAAGUAGUUGAGAAGAAGAAGAAGAAUGUUGCUUUCAAGGCUAGCAACCAAAAGAAAGAGAGUGAAGAUGAUGCUAGUAAUGAGGAGUCUAGCAAUGAGGAGGACAUCACCAAAUUGAUUUCAAAGGAAGUGAAGAGAUUCAUGAAGAAGAACAUCAAGAUCAAGCUUGCAAGAAGAGAUGAAGGAGAAUCCACCAAAAAGAGUGUGAAAUGCUAUGAGUGCAACAAGAUGGGGCACUAUAGAAAUGAAUGUCCCAAAUUGAAGAAGGGUGAAAGGAAAAACAAGAAGAGCAUGAAGAAGAAAGCUUUUACCGCCACUUGGAGCAAUGAUGAGACUAGCUCAAUGGAGAGUGAAAGCUCCUUGGAAAAUGGUGUUGCAAAUCUUUGCUUCAUGGCUCAAGAGGAUAGCUACAAUGAUGAGGAGCCCCAAACUUUCUACUUGUCCCAAUCAAGGCCAGUAGAGCUGGCUCAUCCCUUUUCACAGCCGGCUCAACCAAAAACCCGAGAGUAUUCUCUCUCUACAGCACAGCCGGCUCUAGCUUCAUAGCCGGCUCAACCUAAAAAAAUCGAGAGUCUUCU